AUGAACAAAAUGUCGUCCGAAUUGAAAUUUGAAUAUACUUUAAAUAACGACAAACUUACAAUCGAACAAAGACAAUUUUACGAAGAUAAUGGAUAUCUCGUAUUGGAAAAAAUGAUAGAUCAUAAUUUGGUGAAAAAAUGUGUAGAAAGAUUUAGAGAUAUAUGCAAUGGAAAAAUUGAUAAGGGUUCGAUGACGUUAAUGAAAGACAUAUCAUUAGCUAAAACUGAUGCCAAAGGAGAAUAUCUUUACAAUAAAGUCCAAGACAUUGUUUGGGAUGAAAUAUUUUCUCAAUAUAUCACCUGUGAUAAGCUUUUGGAUUAUGUUGAAUGUUUUACUGGUCCUAACAUUUCAGCAAUGCAUUCCAUGUUAAUUAAUAAACCUCCCGAUUCUGGUGUAAUGACUUCAAUUCAUCCAUUGCAUCAAGAUUUGUAUUAUUUUCCAUUUAGACCAAGUAAUAGAAUUGUAGGUGUGUGGACUGCACUCGAAAAAGUUACUGUAGAAAAUGGAUGUUUGAUUGUUACACCAGGUUCUCAUAAAACUAAACUACUAGAACAUGGUUAUCCAAAGGAUCAAGUUAAUAAAGCUUAUCAUGGAAUUAUAAAUCCUAAAGAUUAUAAAGUUGUUAAAUUAGAAAUGACAGAAGGGGAUACUGUAUUUUUUCAUCCUCUUCUCAUUCAUGGUUCCGGGCCAAAUAUAACAAGGGGAUUUCGUAAAGCAAUAUCAUGUCAUUAUUCUACUUCUGAUUAUUAUUUUGUCGAUGUUAAAGGAACACUUCAGGAAAACAUUGCAAAUGAAAUAAUAGAAAUGGCAAAAAAAAAGGGAUUUGAAUUGACGUUUUUUGAUGUAUGGAAAUAUCGAUCUAGAAUAGUAAGAGGUAAAGUUUUUUCUCAGUUAUAA